UCGCGAUGGUCAUGCUUAUUUUCUAAAAUUUUAUUCUGCUGCCGUUUUCUUUCCCCCGUUCGUGCGUCUCGUAGUAACUUAAUUUUAAAACAUAAAAUUCGCGGCGUUCACACGAAGUUAUUUUGGGAUACAGUUUUUAUUUUUGUUUUGGCGAAAAUCGUUAGAUUUUUAAAGAGUGACAGCACAAUUUUAAUUAACGCACCUAAACUUUUAUAAGUGAAAAGCUUAGGAAGAGGUGUAUUUUAAAACGAAAGAAAAUCAUUUGAACGCGAAUUUGAAAAAGAAAAAAAGUGAAAAAAAAUUAUGUGUGCUUAAAAUUGGAGGCAGAGAAACAUCAGUUUUUGAGAAAUAUGAACAAUUUCUUUAAAACUUUCGAGUUUUCAGACCACAAUAACGUGAGAAUUAAUUCCACUCGAAUACCUUCAUUCAUCGUCUGUUCAUCAGUCUUCUAGUCAAAAAUAUUAAUAAAUAUUCAAAACUGCCAUGACAUCAUAAGAGAAGUAUCCAGAAUCAGAAUGAAUUCAACGAAAUAUAAGAAAGUUGCUAUCAAACCUGCUGUGGAAUGCGAAGGUGAAAUGCGCUACAGUAGAGUAUCAACCGGUAGCAAGAGGAAGAGCCGGCGUGUUGGAUGGUAUUGGGCUCUUCCGUAUCUUGGCUUCUGGGUGCUUCUCUAUUUCGCAGUGGUUUUGCCAAUUUAUCGUCAUCUUCCUGAAGCUCUAACAAUUCAGGAUGAACACAUUCAUCCGGAUCGAUUUAUUGCUGAACGAGCUGAACAAAUUCUGGCCAAACUUGAAGCUAUUGGACCAAAAGUAGUUGGAAGUAAUGCCAAUGAAGUGGAGGCUGUUAAUUUGAUUGUAGGCGAAGUGGAAAAAAUCAAGAAGAUUAUGAAUAAGGAAUUAUUCACAUUGGAUCUUGAUAUUCAAGAAGUUUCGGGAGCUUAUAUUCUUGGUGAUAUGGUGAAUAUGUAUCAGGGAUUACAAAAUAUCGUUGUUAAGUUUGCGUCAAACUAUUCGAAUAGUUCGUCAUAUUUGCUAAUAAAUACGCAUUUUGAUUCGAAACCUGGAUCACCUGGAUCUGGAGACGCUGGAGUAAUGGUGGCGGUAAUGCUCGAAGUAAUCAGGGUGUUAGCUGUGGGUAGACAGACAUUUGAUCAUCCUAUUGUGUUUGUAUUCAAUGGAGGAGAGGAGAAUCCUCUGCAGGCUUCACAUGGAUUCAUAACUCAACACAAGUGGGCCAAGAAUUGCAAAGCACUCAUCAACCUGGACUCGAGUGGGAGUGGUCAUCGUGAGCUUCUCUUCCAAACGGGUCCUAACAACCCUUGGCUCCUCAAGUACUACAAACAACAUGCAAUUCACCCCUUUGCCAAUACCAUUGCCGAGGAACUCUUCCAAGCGAAUGUGAUUCCAUCCGAUACUGACUUUAGAAUUUUCAAGAAUUUCGGUCAUGUUCCAGGCCUCGAUAUGGCACAUACUUACAAUGGUUACGUCUAUCACACAAAAUUCGAUAGAAUGAGUAUAAUUCCUCAAGAAACGAUUCAAAACACCGGUGACAAUGUUUUAUCCCUAGCUAAAGCUUUUGCUAAUGCUCCAGAGCUAGAAGAUCCAUCGAUUUACGCCAAGGGACACACGGUCUUCUAUGAUAUCUUUGGAAAAUUCCUCAUCUACUAUACUGAAUCCCAGGCUGAGCAAAUCAAUUACGUGCUGUCUGCUUUGACACUUCUAGCUAUAGUUUGUUCCCUAUGGGGUAUGGCUAAAGUGGGUGAAGUGUCCUUCGGCAAUAUCUUGGGUACAUUCUUCUGUGUAUUCUGUGUGCAUGUUAUUGCCUUUGUGUUAGCUGUUGGAUUGCCAAUUUUAUUGGCAGUUGGAUUGGAUUUACUGGGAUUAUCAAUGACAUGGUUUACCAGUAAAUGGAUGAUUAUUGGUCUUUACGGAUGUCCAACACUCGUUGGCUUGGGCAUUCCCACAGCAAUCUAUAUUGGCUCUUCCAAGGACAAACUUAACAUUUCCUUCAAGACUCAGAUGGUUAUGCAUUCACAAUGCAUUCUCUUGACCAUACUCACUUGUGUUGGAACAUACUUUGGAAUUCGGUCAUCGUAUUUGCUGAUGAUAGCAGUUUUGUUCUAUUUUAUUCCUUUGGUUGUCAAUAUGGUCAGCUGUUUAUUCCAAAGAGGAUAUCAAUGGGCUUUACUUGUGUUUGCUUGCCAGAUACCAGCUUUCAUGUGCAUAACUUAUAUGUCAUGCAUUUUCUUUAUGAGUCUCAUUCCAAUGAUGGGACGAUUUGGAUCCAAGUAUAAUCCUGAUUUGAUUAUUGGAGGUGUUGCUUCCAUUACGACACUGUUGGCCAUGGGAUACAUUAUUCCAAUGGUCAACCUUUUCCGCAAAUCACUUAUAAUCAUAGCUUCCCUUCUCGUUAUCACUGCCGUAUUCCUUGUUUUGACUGUGACACCGAUCGGAUUUCCAUUCCGUGAGGAGACCAACGUUGAAAGAUUUCACCUGCAGCACAUACGACGACUAUUUCACGAAGCAGAUUCGACCAUUAGUCGAAAUGACUCAGGAUAUUAUUUCGAUCUUCAAGACCGCAGGCAAUUCAAUCACAUCAAAGAUGUGUUCGAUACCUCUAAACUGGCAGAUAUGUCCGAAGAAUGCAACAAACACAUUUUCUGUGGAUUUCCUGUCUUCAAUCAUCGCUGGAAUAGAAAUAAGGUUCUAUCACAGUGGCUUCCGUCCGAUGACUAUUUGAUUCCUGGAUCCCCAAAACUCACUCUAGUCAGUAAAAACGUUACUCUGAAUAGUUCUUCGACAGUUCGAUACGAUUUCGAAUUAACUGGACCAUCUCAUAUGGGAAUUUAUCUAAACCCACUUAACAGAUCGAAAAUAAUCGAAUGGUCUUUCUUGAAUACGAUGCUCGAGGAUAAAUGGAAUCCUCCCUAUUUUAUAUACUUCUCAAUGGGAAAGGAUAAGUCACCUUUGGCAUUCUAUGUCGUUCUAGAGACUCCAACUUAUGCAGACGAAACAAAUAGCACAAUUCCAAUAUUGGAACUGGGUAUCGGUGGGCAUUAUGUUAGUUUUGAACAUACACGAAGUCUGGCCAAUAAGGCAUUCAUACAGAGUUUCCCAUCAUAUGCUUAUGUCAUGGAAUGGCCAAGUUCCUACGAGCGCUGGAUCUACUAAAAAAAACUGUUUCCUAGUUUGUAAUCAUUUUAUACGCAUAAUCAUUAUAUUUAUAUAUAAAAACCAAAACCAAACAAAAGAAAAUAAAUUAUUGAUGUUAAAAGAAAAAAAUCA